UUUGGCAAAUGGAAUGAGCUUUGUUAUGGGAAUGACAAUUGUUGGUACUUUAUUGAAUCAUCAUAGGAUAGAUAAAUGGCUAAAAAAUAAAGUCAUUAUGACAUUAAAAAAAGUUCAUGAGUAUAAUAUUCUUCAUAAUGAUAUUCAUAAAGAAAACAUUUUGAUUGAUGAAAAAGGAUAUGUGUAUUUGCUUGAUUGAUUUUGGAUUUUCAAUU